GUGCUUUUCUGUGUGUGAGAAGGGAAAACUGGCCAAAAAGAUUCUUUGGCAACAUCACACACACACAGGUUUCCUGUCAUGGAUCAAGGGCUGAAGAGGCUGCCUUUACUAGCUGUUCUCCUAAUAUUUUGGAGAUGUGCUUUUGGGUUUCCAGGUGGGGUUUACUCAAACCCAUCUCCAGUGGGGUCAGGCUACAGACAGUGCUUUUGCACCCCGUUCAGUCCAGUCAUCUCAGUCGGAAUCUCCAGUGACUGGGAGCUUUUCUGUUGAUGAAGUGGGCUCUAGUUUGAUCACUGACAGAAGUCAGACUAACAGGUCCAGGUUUUCUAAUCUACGCCAGUAUGUCAAGGGUGGUUUUUCCAGCAGCCAAAAGACAUCUCGUACCCAAACUGGCUUGGUUUCUUCAGCUUUGGCAGUGCCCCAAGAUGAACGCCAGACAAGCAGUUUGACAUCUCUUCAACCCCAGGUUUCCCCCAGUUCAAGUGUUCAGAAUAUUGCAAGCCAGUUAGGCAGUGGACAGAGUUUGCAAAACCAGUCUCCUUCCUCAUCUCAUGGCGGUUCUGGUCUACAGUCGGCAGGUGGUUUCAGCCAAAUUGGUUCUGUCCAGCGUGAAGGCAUUACCAGUGGUCUUCUGUCAUCUCCAGGUGUCCCUAGUCAGCAUACCCCAGAGUCUCAUGUAAAGCUCGGUUCUUCACCCCUAAUGGUUUCCAGCCAGGCCACCACUGAUCAAACUGAUUCCCCCAGCCUUCACACGUCUAGCACUCUGGAGAGUUCUGGCCCUUUAUUGGGAGUUUCGGGUUCUGCCUCUAGCACUUAUGGUGACGUGUUGCUACAAUCUCAAAGCGCUUCUAGUCAGUAUGCCCCUGGAGCCUCUACAGAGCAUGUGUCCUCACCCUCCGUGAUCUCUUAUCAGCCUGCUGGUGACAAGGGAUCCCUCAGCAUCAAUCCUUCAGGCUCUGAGAGUAGCUUUCCCCUUCAGUCGUCAGGAGCUGCUGUACAUGUGUACUCUUCAGAAAGCUUGUCUUCUAGUCCAUCUAUUGCGACUCAAGGCUCCACUUUUACAUCACAAGGCAGCCCUAUAACAGAACAAGUGAUAAACUCUGGGCCAGUAAUCGUAACCACACAGGAAGUGAGCAGCGGUUCUAUUGGCUACCCAUCUCAAAACAUAUCUAGCCAGUAUUCACCUGGUUCCCUGACACCUAGCAAGCUUGGUUCCUUGUCUCUGGGGGUUUCUAGCCAGUCCACAAGUGAUCAAAGCCUGUAUAUGUCCAGUGCUCCAAGCAGGUCUGUUAUGACACUAGCAAGUUCUAGUCAUUAUGUCCCAGUGCAGACAGGAAGCAGCUCUAGGGACCUCUCUUCUCCCAAGCCUCAAGGCACCUCUGCUGUGUAUGCCCCUUCAUCUCCCUCCAAGUAUCUAAAUGUUGCAGCUUCAUCACCCCAAAGUGUUUCUAUCCAAUCUGGAAGCAAUCAGCAUUUCCGUUGGUUGGUAGCACAGGUUGGCACUCAAGCAGGAGCAUCCAGUCAGUUUAUGUCUUCCCAGGGAGGCAGCAGCUCUUACAGUGGUGCACUUUCCCUGCCUCAAUCUAGCCCAAGUAAAUAUUCAUCUGGUGCUCUAAAACCAACCUCACCCCAAACUGUUUCCAGACCAUUAACAAGUGUAGCAAGCUCAAGUGGCAGUUCUGGUGCUCCUUUUGGUGCCUCUAAUCAAUCAGCCUCGCAGGGAAUGAGUAGCAGUUUCAGUGGCUCCAUGCAGUCUCUGGGUACAUCUAGCCAGUAUGGCCCAAGUUCACCUACAUUUUCCAAGUUUAGUUCCUCACGCCUACUUUCUAGUCAGUCCACAAGUGAUCCAGGUAUGUAUAGUCAAGUUCCAUCCACCUCACAGAUUGGCUCUUGGCCUCAAUCAGGAGUUUCUAGUCAGUUUGUGCCUUCCCAGGAUGGAAGUAGCUCUUACAGUGGCUCUUUACCCCAGUCUCAAGGAUCUUUGGGUCAAUAUGCCCCUGCAUUCCCCUCUGAAUACGUAAACGCUCCCCUGGCAUCACAAGGUUUGGCCUCACAGGGAAUGAGUAGCAGUUUCUGUGGAUCUGCUCAGGGUACAUUUAGUCGGCCUGCUUCCAGUUCACCUACAUUUUCCAAGUUUAGUUCCUCACGCCAAGUAUACAGUCAGUCCACAAGUGAUCCGGGUUUGUAUGGUCAACUGUCCGCAACCUCACAGUUUGGCUCUCUGCCUCAAAAGGGAACUUCACCACAACUUUUACAAGCAGCAAGUGUCUUUAACAGUGGCUCAUUACCCCAGUCUCAAGGAUCUUUGGGUCAAUAUGCCCCUGCAUUCUCCUCCGAAUACCUGAACACUCCCCUGGCAUCACAAGGUUUUGCCACCCAGUCCGCUACUAAGAGUUCACGUAGAGGGCUUACUACUUUGCUAGAUGGAAGUCAGUCAGGAACUUCUCUUACCUUACAAGGAAGUGGCUCUUCAUUCAUGCCUCAAGGUAGCAUGAGUCCGAUUGUCUCUGGGUCUCCUUCCCAAUAUUCAAGCGCGUCCUUGUCCUCAACCCAGAGCGUUGCCGGCCAGUUUAGCCCAGCAUCUCAAAGGGUGUACUCUGUGUCCCAGAGGCCACAUAGACUGGAACCAUCAGCCUCUAGUUGGACCCAAGGCAUUCAGUCCUCAGGUGCAGCUUUGUCACAGGGCAACUACCAGUCUCAAAGCUCUCAGGUGCACAGCAGGUUCUCGUCCCCAUUGUCAGAAGGAGACUCUGCUUACCAAAGUAAUCUUCCGGCACUUUCCGGAGGAUCUGGACAAUUUGUUUCCUCACAGAGGGGCAGUGGCAGCUACAGUGGCAUCUCUCUCCAGUCUCCAAGCACCUCAACUCUGUAUCCCCUUGGUUCCCCUGGAUAUGCCAAGCUUGGUUUUAGCCAGUCUGCCACAGGUCAGAGACCAAGCCUGUAUGGCUCAACUCCCCAGACAGGGUCUGGAGCUCAACUUUCAUCCAGUCGUUAUGCAUCUCUGCAGGGAGGUAGCAGUGCUGUUGUGGGCUCAAGCCAAUAUUCCUUAGUGUCUUUACCCUUGGAUGCAAAAGCUGCUUUGUAUGUAAGCCGACCUUCUGCUGCUAGUUUGACCCAAGGCAUCCAGACUUCUGAUACAGCUUCAUCCCAGAGCACCUCAAGUGCCCAGAUGUCUAGUGGGUUCUCUUCAUCUCUGUCUGCCUUGAGCCAGAAUGUUGCACCUGUUGCCCAGAGUGGUCUGACGUCUGCUGUUCGGAGAAGCCAGAGUCUUCUAGGUGGGGUCCAGAGACAGUCAAGGCUAUCUUCAUCUUUUCGAGCUCCCUCUGGCUCAACAAUCAAUGGCCAAAUGUCUGAACGCUUCACUUCACACCAUGCUGCAGAUUCCAGUUUGCCUCCCUCUUCAGGCUUGAGUGCCCCACUGUCUUCAAGGGAUAUGUUCUCUGGUUCAUCUCUGCCACAAACUGCUCAGACUCUCAGUGAAUAUGGGUCCCAGUCACAUAACCAAGAGAGCACCGCUUCAGUGGCUAAUUAUGCUUUCCAGAUGUUUUCUGGUAACUAUGGCCAGGAUGCUUCAGUCAAAAAAUCUACAGCUCCUCUGGAUGAUAUUACAGUCAAGGGCUAAAGGACAUUGCAACAAAUGUAACAUGUUUUCAA